UCCUGCGACGCCUGUGUUUUCCCUGAGACGGACAAGAAAGCCUUAGAUUUUACCUUAAAAGAUUUAUAAGCGUUUAAAAUCAAAAACGUUUUCUGUACUACAUAUAUUUGCAUCGUCGAAGCGUGUGACUUUACGUCCACUUACUCUUCUCCUUGAAUGAGUGGCCGAAAAAUGCCCCAACAAGUUUUAGAAGGGAUGUCGAGCCGGAAAAGACGACCAAACUGGACAGACCAGGAGUGCCUUGUUCUUGCUAAGUUGAUACAGGAGAAAAAAGACAUUAUCAGAGGGAAAUCCACCAGUCGUGUUUCAGUACAGGACAAAAGACAAGCUUGGGAAGAGAUAGCUCAUGCUGUCAAUGCAGCCUUUCCACAGACUCAUCGCACAGUCAUUGACUGUAACAAAAAGUGGGAAAAUCUGUUAGCAAAGUCAAGAGAAGAGAUCAAACGACAGAGGAGGCAAGUGGGUACAGAUGAAGACCUUUCACUUGAACAAUUCAGCACCGUGACACAGAUAGUGAUUUCUGUGAUGAACCUCUCCGGCAUGUUACUGCAAGAGACAAAUGGUUCUUCAGCAUUCCAGAUGGAAAUUCAACAAAACAGUUGUGACAGAGAUGAAAACCAUCACAGUUUACUUGAAACUACACAAUCAGAGUAUGACUUCUCAUCAUAUGUUCCAUGCAACAUUCCAACUAAAGAAGAACCGACGAUUGUUAACAUUCCCAAGUUACUGUCAGGUCGGGCUAUAAGUCCUCAUCCUGUUGUCGCUUUUUCCUCUGGCGAGCCAUUGUCAACUCCCUGCUCGACUUCCUCCUCCUUGGUUAACAGUACAACUUUACAAGAGCGAAUGGAUCUGGAAAUUUCUGUGCUGAGAAGACAAGAGGCAGUCCUCAAGUUGCAAGAGGAGUAUUAUGCAUUAAAAAUUAAGAUGAUGAAAAAGCAAAUGGAGGGGUCUCCUCUAAUGGAGUAGCCUGACUUUGAUACAAUACUGUUGUUUUUCUCAAAAACAUAGGUAAGUUUUUCCUAUGUAGUUUAAUGAGGAACUAAAACCUAAGUCGAUUACUGUCAGAUUUCUUAGACAAUUUAUUUGUGGCAUAAUUUAAGGUGAACAAUCAGUAGUCUUUUUUGUUUAUUCUUUUUGCUAUAGUUUUUUCUAUUAUUCAUUAUUUUUUGUCCUAAAGAGUUACAACUUUCACAUGAUCAGUGAUUCAGUGUUGUGUGGACAGACGACACUUGUUUAAGACUUAAGGCUGUUUUUCGGUCUUAUGGAGAUUUCACACCUGCAAAUUUAGUUUGGAUCAAACUGGAAAGUCCAAAAGUCCAAAGCAAAUGAGCUGUGAAAGUGCCCAUCAUUAAACAGUACAAACAUUUUCAGCUCAAGACUCAAAAGCACAUAGAAAUUCUGUGCUUUCCCAGGAGCCAAACCUUAUAAAAAUACACUGUGAAUUGCUACAUUGAUGUUUUUCACUGUCAAAGAAAGAUUAAAUACAUUGACUUGCUGCCCAAUCAAGAUUAGCAACAAAACACCAACUCUCCGACAGACUACUGGAAACUUAAUCUUAGCUUUAGCAGCACUAUACCAGAAAGUAAUAUUAUUUAGCAAUACACGACUACACCAACAGACCAAAAUAAACAAACAACCAUAGCUGACUUUUACACCAUCAUAAUACUGUCAUUCUUCUAUUAAUUCCCAUAUUGGCACAUAUUUUGACAUAUUUUACUCCAAUUUGCCAAUUUCUUGACUCUAUCAAAAUGACUCUGUAACCCAUUUUGGAUUUGACCUAACUUUUG